CAGGGUCCCAUCCAUUGCAGUGGCCCCCCGGGGCCAGAGGAGGACCUCGCACUGGUCCUGAACGGUAGGAGGCCGGAGGAGCGGUGGGGGCUGACCAGCCCGCUGUCCAGCUGGCCGGAGGAGGCCGAGUGGGAGCAGAGCCGCCUACUUCAGUCACCUUACAUCCCGGUGCCGCGGCACAGGCACCCCAUUCCCGGAAAGGCUGGGCUGGACGAAGUCAUGGCAGCUGCAGUGCUCACCAGCCUGUCCACCAGUCCCCUGGUGCUGGGCCCCCCCACGGUCCCCUUCGGCACAGAGCCCUGCUGUGAGCCCUGGAAGGAGGGCCCAGUGGUGUCCAGCAGCUACGGCAGCAGCAACAAUAGCGGUGACUGGGGCUGGGACCCUCCAAGCGACCAGUCCUCCCCGUCCACCCCGUCCCCCCCGCUGCCCCCUGAGGCUGGCCGCAGCCUCCUGUCUUGUGCUGAGGAGACCGAAGCUGCCCACUUCCUGUUCGGGGACCCCAUUCCUAGGAAAAGGAAGAAUUCGGUGAAGGUCAUGUUCAAGUGCCUGUGGAAGAACUGCGGGAAGGUGCUGAGCACAUCUUCGGGAAUCCAGAAGCACAUUCGCACGAUGCACCUGGGCCGCCGUGCCGAGCCGGAGCAGAGCGACGGAGAGGAGGACUUCUACUACACAGAGCUGGACAUCAACAUGGACUCGCUGACUGACGGCCUGUCCAGCCUGACCCCGAUGUCGCCCACCUCCUCAGCACCCCCGGUCUUUCCUGGCCGGGAGCUGCCUGCCCCGCUCCAGCCAGAGGCCUUGCCCGUGUCCCCUCUCAGUCCCUUGGCCCCAACCUCUCUCUGCCACAUCCACACUGACCACGCCUACCAGGCUGUGGCUCCGGUGGGGCUCCCGGUGGCCACUGCCCCGCCUGGUGGGAUGGCCCUCAGCAUCUGGCAGCCCUCCCCACCCCCCGGGCUUUUUAACGAGUCCGCGGGCUGCCUGGCUCCGGUGCGCCCCAUAGGCCUAGGGGACAAGCGGUUGCUGAUCCCCCACCCGUCGAUCAUUAAGUCUCCAGCUCCUGCUGCCACUUCUGGCCCAAGGCCAGCCAUGGGAUCCAGGAAGCCCCGGGGAGAGGCCAAGAAAUGCCGGAAGGUGUACGGGAUGGAGAACCGGGACAUGUGGUGCACGGCCUGCCGCUGGAAGAAGGCUUGCCAGAGGUUCCUUGACUGAGGCCUGGCCCGCAGCAGCUCCGCGGCCCCUCGGCCAAUCCUCCGGGCUGCGGCGGGCCCAGCGGCAGCUUCCCGUGCCCUUCUUGCACAGUUUGCACUGCAGGUGCCUUGAAGCCCCUCCGCUCCUUCCUCCCUCCUUCCCUCUCUCCCCCCGCCCCCCUCUGCUGCCGCUGCCCGCCGCCACCUCAGACUGACAGGGACCACCAGGUUCUGGGCCUCUCUGUCCCUCCUCCUUUGAGCCCCUUCCCAAGGGGCCAGGAAGUCUCUACAGGAAGCCCCUGACUAGUGAGGUGAGGGGGUUGAGGGCAUUGGUGCUGAUGCCAUUUCCUCUCAGGCCUGGCCCCCACCCCCGACCCCACGUUCCUUGGGGCUUUUUAAAUCGAGAAAAAAUAAGCUAUUUUCCCCCUCCGCCACUCCCAGGUGGGGUGCCCUUCCGGGAGGAUGGGAAGCAGGGCCCGGGCUGAGGGGCCGAGCGGCCCAAACCCAUUCCCGUGGUCACCAGAGCCAUGGCCCUUCUGGCUGGGAACGGGGAGGGGAAGAGAAUUCGGAAAGGGGCGCGAGGGGCCGGGGCCCGCCUAGGCUCUGGGCCCUCUCUCAGAAAGGCUUUACGAGCUGCGGGCUAGGAGUGGGCUGGCCCGGCCGGAGCCAGGCCCGGCCGGAGCGUUGAACCUGGGGGCCGGAGCCGGGGUUUGUGCCAGACCAGCAGAGCCAGUUGUCAAGGGAGAACUCGAGGAAGUGCCUGUGAGGAAAACCAGCCAUUUGCACUAAAGCCAAACUGCACAGAGAGUGCGUCCCCCCUCCCCUCCACCCCAGCCCGCCUGUCCCCUGUCAUUGGAGUAAACAAGUGUUGUAUUGACCCGGCCCUGGCCUCCUUGAGGCCCCCUUCUCCCCGCCCCCCCCCCCCCCCCGGCCCAACGU